CGCCGGUCCGCUCAGGCCUCGGCGCGGCCUGCACGCUUCGCUCGCCCGCUCCCGCCCCGGCCCCGCUCCCGGCCAUGGCGGAGCCCUCACCCGCCCGACGCCCGGUGCCCCUCAUCGCGUCGGAGCUGUACUUCCUCAUCGCCCGGUACCUAUCGGCCGGCCCGUGUUGGAGAGCCGCCCAGGUGCUGGUGCAGGAGCUGGAGCAGUACCAGUUGCUGCCCAAGAGCUUGGACUGGGAGGGCAACGAGCACAGCAGGAGCUACGAGGAACUGAGCAAUAAAAAUCUUGCUGCUGUGAGACUGUGCCAAGUCCUUCGAUACUUUUGCCGCUCUAAACUGUGCUACACUUGUUGAAU